AUGUCGACUCCCAUUUUCAAGGCAUCAAUUCCACUCUCCAAUCCACUGUUCCACUCCCUGCAUCCGGUUCCAUGGACUUCAGCUGUAAAUGGAAUCUCCAAGAAGGAGAAGCUGCUGCUGCUUAGCGGAGCUCAACUCUCUCCGGUCAGCUUGCGUUAUCCCCUUUCCAGUUUCCAUUUCUUCGGCCCGAAUUGCCAUGUAUUUUUCUACCGCUUCCCACGAGCAAACACGAAUUCCCCCCCGGAGUUGCAUCCAAAUCGGCUACCGGAAAACCUUUUGGUCACGAACUGUUCGACAUUGGAUGAUCUCGUCUUGUGCCCUGAUGCUAAUUCUUUUCACAGGUGGAACAGGGCGGGGAAAGAUGCAUUUUUCAUAAGUAGCUACAAUGGUGGAGUCCUUGCCAUUGCUGAUGGUGUCUCAGGAGCAGGUCAACUACGAUUCCCAAGUUCUCUCGUCAGGAAAGCACAUGCUGCUACCUCCUCAAUCGACUCAGCUACCGUGAUUGUGGCUAUGCUGGAGGGAAAUGGAAUGCUGAAGUUCGCAAAUGUUGGAGAUCGUGGGCUAAAGCUUAUCCGUGAAGAGGUUCUGGCUAACUUAGCGAGAGUACAUUCACUGGAUUCGAGCUACGAGUCACCCUAUGCAUUGGAAGCCAGGGUAUUGAGUUACCAUGGUGGAAAAAGAUCUUUGGCAUGCAACCUACAGGCACGGCAGACCUUUUGCUUUUCCUACUUCAACAUUUAUGGGGUGUUUGACGAUAUUACUGUGAUAGUCGGCUAGAUUUGUAAGUCUGUAGUAGAUGAGGGAUCUUGGAUUCAGAGAAACAGACCUAUAGCGCUUCGAGCAAAUCACUUCAAUUUGUAGUUGGAUUCGAAGGGAGUUGGGACUUUUCAAAGUUCGGCUCAGUUAUAUUCAUUAUUGUUCAGACCACUUGUAUGCUCACAACAAUUGAACCUGAGAUGAUGUUCUGUAAUCCAUGGCACUGAAGCAUUUCAUAUCAAUACAGAUUGUCAAUUCAGUAGCA